AUGGCUCCCGUGCUAUGUCUCUUGGCCGCCAUUCUCGUCCCAACUCCCAAGCCAACCAAUCCCAGCCCACCAACUCGAGGCCAUCAUGGUAGCUUUCGGGUGACUCACAUCCAGCACAGCACAUGGGGGAUCCUCCAUGCAGUCGGGUCGAACAGGCGACUCGCGUGCGACAGGCCCUUGGUCACCUCCUUAUCGCGUGGCAUCCAUCCUCUAGGUGGUGCUGCGGUGGCAGCACCUGCCUGCACUGCUGCAGCUUUCUCACAAGAAAUCUUCCGCGAUACCCAGUACCCGUACGCGAUUUCGACGAUGGCCAGCUUUUACCCGUCGGCCAUCACUCAUGCCACGGUCCCUAUUGCGAGCCAUGCUCUCUCUGGUGCUCCCUUUUACCCCUCAUCUCUCGCCCUGGUAUCCCUUCCCUUUGUUUUUCCCCUCUCCCCAUAUCCAAGGGACAUGAAUCCUCCCGAACCCGGAGGCGCGGAUGGAAUUCAUGCGUAUAGCAAGUCAACCUAG